AUGGCGUACGAGUGUGCCUGGAACCUGCAGGACACGGGCUCGAAAGGCCGUUCCGAGAGCUGCAAGACAAGCACCGCCUGCAUCUCCGAGCAGCGCCAGAGCACCGACAGCAGCACCACUGAGGGAAUCGCCACCAUCGAGGCCGCCAGCCUGGCCGACGACAGCUCCCCGGACAGCAGGAGGCGUCGCAUGGAAGCCGCGGCCUCGACCGCCGCGGAGCAGGCGCAGAUUGCGGCGCAGGCCGCCGAGGUCGCCACGGAGGCCGCCGCCAAGGCGGCACGGGCCGCCGCCGCGGCGGCGCAGGCGCUGCACGUCGAUGAUCUCGGCCGCGCCGGCUCCGUGGACGAGCUCGGCGGAGCCGAGCCCCUGGGCAAUCUCAAGCUCGGCUACGCGGCUGGCGGAGCGGCUCCGGCAGGAGACGGCGGCGCCCUGCGGCCCAGGGGCCCACCCCAGGGCGCGCGCGGUUGCCUUCCGUGUUGGGGGUUCGUGCUCCGGGCGGCGGGCCACACGACGGGCCUCUUCAUCGGCCUCGCGACGGCGCUCGGCGCCGCACUCGCGGACCACAGGGCCGGCGUGACCAACGCCGCGGGUGGCAGUGGCGAGCGCGAGCCCCGCCGGGCGGGUCUCGCGGCGCUGCUGGCGGCCGUGCCGAGGGCGGCCGCGCGCGCCGCCUUCCUGCUCCUGGACGCCGCCGGGCGGGCCGCCGGCCAGCGCCUGCACCAGGGCGGCGCGUGA